UAGUGUCUAACAUCCUUGGAACUGUUUUGAUUAAUAUAAUGUUUGGUUAGGAUUUGAGUGUUUUCUAUUAUGGCACGAGGAAAAAGUAAAUUUAAAGGGAAACGAGGAAAAGGACAAAAAUUUGCAGGAAAAAAUCAUAAGAAAAAGAAAACCUACAGUUUAUUUGACAAGAAAAAUGCAAAAAGAGAGCAACAUGAAAAUCAUAAACGAGAAGAACCUGAUAGAAAACGCCAAAAAAUUGAGAAAUUUGUGCCCCCAAUUGAAAAAGAGUCAUCAUCUGAAAGCGAGGAAGAAGAAAACCACAUGCAAAAACUUUUAAUGGCAUUAAAUCAAGAUUCAAUAAAGAAAAAUGUAGCUAUAGACUCUGAUUCUUCAGAUUUGGAAGAAGAAUGUAGUGAUGCAAGUGAGGGUUAUUUGAGUCACUUAGAAGAGAAUGUUACUGAAGACUUUCCUGAAGAUGUAGAUAUUAAGUCAAAUGUGUUGCAUGACAGUGAUGUGGAUGAGAAAAAAGAAAUAGAAACUGAAAUUCCAGUAGAAGAUGAUAUGUCUGUAGAUGCUAAGGACUCUUUUUCAGAGCACCUUUUAUAUGAUUUAUCUGAGAAAUUAUUAGAGUCAUUGCAAAAAAAUCCUGUCCCUUCUGUAAUGAAAGAAGUUGAGUGGAAAGAAAUAGGAACAUUGAAAAUACAAAUUCCUGAGUUUGAACAAUUACAAAAUCAAAGUUAUUUGGUUUUAGGAGAGAAUAAACUCUUUGCCCCUAUGGGCAAAAUUCCUACAAAAAUUAAACCAAGUGAUCAAUAUGCUGACAAUACAUUUAUAAAACCUCAAAUUAUAAACAACAUACAUACUGCAAAUAUGUCUUUAAAACAAGGAACAGAAAGCAAUUCAUUUUUCACCCCUUUACAAAUUGAAAUAUUCUCUAUUAUUAACAAUUACCAAGAUUUUUAUUAUCCUAAAAGAAAUUUAGAAAACGGUGAAGAAAUUAGGUUUGUGUAUUGUUUGCAUGCUGUAAAUCAUAUUUUGAAAACUAGAUCUAAAAUACUGCAUCACAAUGCUAAAUUGACACAAAGAGGUGAUGUGCCUGAAGAAUUUCGUGAUCAAGGCUUAGUGAGACCAAAGGUGCUUAUCUUGGCUCCAUUCCGAGAUUCAGCCUAUAGAAUUGUUAAUUUUAUAAUUAAUAGCCUUUUCAAAGAAGAUAAGGGAAAUGUUAUUAACAAAAUUAGGUUUAUUGAGGAAUUUACUGGCCAUGAACUCACAUUACCUAAGAAAAACCCAAAACCAGAAGAUUAUGAAAAGCUUUUUGUUGGAAAUUCAGGGGAUGAAUUCAAAAUUGGCCUUACUAUUACCAAGAAGAGUUUAAAGCUUUUUGCUGACUUUUAU